CUCCCACUCAGGUCUCCGGUUGGCCACACUCCUGCCUCCAUCUGCAGCUUGAUAAAGGCUGUGCCACAGGCAGCUCAGUAUAUCUGGCUUCUUCGGUGUUCUCCCCAGAAGCCCUGUGGCCAUGACACAGCUGCUUCUGCUCAUUGUGGCUCUCCUGGCCCUGGGUCAUAUGCAGCCAGGGAGAAGUGAAUUUAAGCGGUGCUGGAAGGGCCAAGGGGCCUGCCGGACUUACUGUACGAGGCAAGAAACCUACCUACACAUGUGCCCAGAUGCCUCUCUGUGCUGUCUCCCCUAUGGAAGCAGGCCUCUGUCCUCCAAGCCUGAAUAUGUGUAGCUGGCUCUGGGGCUGGCACACUUACUCUCCAAGAAACACCUGCUGCUGGCUGUCUCCUCUUGCUGCCUGCUCACCACCCUGCCACCCUCAUGCUGGGGAAGUGGGGGUGGACAAGGUCCUGGUAUGGGAGGGAUGCAGGGAUGGUUGGUGGAGGGAGGUGAGGUGCCCAGGGAGAGAGUGGGUAUUAAAGACCUUUGUAAAUGC